ACAAACAGUGGUCUGUAUGAAUAGCUUUGCGUCAACAGCAGCAGUUUCCACUGUGGAAGGAAGGAAGACGGGACGGUAAUAACAGCCAGCCAGCAAAGAAAGAGCAAACAUUUUUUUCCCAAUGCGAUUUCUUCGUCUCGUUUGUCGCUCUGUUGUCCGGGAGAAGCGUAUGAGGAGGCCAGCUACGGCGGUUUAGUUUCUGAAAUGCAACGGUGGACUUUAUUCACGCAGCGAGCUAGUUAGCUAACGACAGGAGUAAGUUAGCCUUGUAGUGAUUUUUGCUAGUACGUUAACGUUAGCUGGAUGGCAACGCUGGUGGAGUCAUAAAAGUUGAUGUUCUUGCAACACUUCGACUCUGGUCAUUUCAGUCCAAAGAAGAGCUGAUUGUUUUGUAACUGCACUCAUCUUUCUUACCGUGACAGCUCCCUCCAUCCUACACUACACUGUCCAGGCUGAGGGGUAGCAACUCUGAAUAUGUCGAGUGUUUCAGACAGAGACUACAAAAUUGGCGCUUUUAAGUCAUUGGACUGGCACGUUGCUCAGCUAGUUUACCCAAGAUAAACAUCGUUAAAUUGGACAAUUCGUGUAAUGGCCAAGGAGAGUGACGGAUUUCAUCUGUAUGUCUCACUACAAAGUUGCUGUCAGAUUUGCAUGGCAAUGGGUUACCACUGCUAAAGCCAUCUUAAAAGUACAUAGACACGUUGCUCUGUUAAAAAUUAAUUUUGCCAGACAUGGACUUGCGCUGGAUGUAAAGACUGUCUGGAAACCUCAAACGUCAUAGCUGUCUUCAGGUCGGACAGUUCAUCUGAGCCUUGCUGCUGGUCCCCAGAGCUCAUCUGAGGGCCAUCAUGUCAGUGUCAGGGUCCACCACUGUGCAACUUUUCACCAAGCUUGUCAAGCAUGCGGUGGGCAAGGCGCAGAUCCAGCUGAAUCGCUGGCUGCAGAGGACUGCCACAGAUGAAUGUGACAAAAUUGACAUCCUGAUAUGCAGCACCUUUGACGAGACAGGGGCCGGCAUAGGGAGGUCAGAUGGAGACCCCGAGGUUAUCAGUGACACAGGGGGAACGACCUUCAGCAACAGUGGAGAGUUCAGACACCCAUGCUGUAUCACAACCUUUUGCUUCAAGAGCGCCCUGCUGGCAUGCAUCCUGACUGCUGUGUGCUUCUCCUCGGUUGCACUGGUGCGCCAAUACCUCAAGGACCUCCUGCUCUGGGUUGAGAGCUUGGACAGCUUCGUUGGAGCCUUGCUGUUUAUAGUUGGUUUAAUUAUUGUGUCGUUCCCGUGUGGAUGGGGAUAUAUUGUUCUUAAUGUGGCAGCUGGCUACCUCUACGGCUUUGUGCUGGGCAUGGGACUAGUUAUGGUGGGAGUUUUAAUAGGGACCUUUGUGGCACACCUGGUGUGUAAACGACUAUUGACUGACUGGGUGCUUAACAAGGUUGGAAACAGUGAACAGCUCAGUGCAGUCAUACGAGUGGUGGAGGGAGGAAGUGGACUAAAAGUUGUGGCCUUAGCGAGACUCACCCCCAUACCAUUUGGGCUCCAAAAUGCAGUUUUCUCGAUCACAGACGUGUCCUUGCCAAACUACCUGGUGGCCUCCUCUGUGGGUCUGUUGCCCACUCAGCUUCUCAACUCCUACCUGGGCACCACGCUUCGCACCAUGGAGGACGUCAUCGCUGAGCAGAGCAUCAGCGGCUACUUUGUGUUCUGCCUACAGAUCGUCAUCAGCAUCGGCCUGAUGUUCUAUGUCGUGCACCGGGCACAGGUAGAGCUCAACGCAGCCAUCGCUGCCUGCCAGAUGGAGCUGAAGUCGUCGCACCUGAACGGUUCCUCCACCAAUCACAGCGGGUUCACCUACUGCAGCAAGAGGGCUUCAGCCAGCGGUGGAAACUGCAUUAAUGUGGUGUGACCGUGAAUCCACACGAGGCAGUAGCUUGUAUGACUUGGUCACCUAACUGUAAGACUGCAGAACUCAAGGGAACCCGUUGAGUUUAGACAGUGUCUGAAACAUUUUGGUGGUUUAUAAUUUUCUACAUCAUAUUCUGACCACCCUUGUGAGAAAACCCUAAAAGCCUAUGUCUUUACGAUGUUCUAGAAGUGUGUGACCACGCACCUUUUAAAGAAAUGGUGCUGAUGGAAAUGGUUUUGCGGUACAUUAUCUUGGGAGCUUUUUUUUUUUUUUUGGAUGUACUUAACCUAUUCUUAACUUAAUUUACUCUUUUACAGUAUAUGUCAAUGAAAUGAUAAUGUUUAGAGAUAUCAGAGGUGGCUGAGUGAGCGAGUGAGUGAUUUAAAAACAAUAGCUAGGUAUUAACUGCCUGCUAACACUAUGAAUGUGCAAUCUGGAGCUUUCUAGAGAACCAAGGAAUUGUUUUUCCAUUUCAGUCUCAAAAGAAUGCCAACCUAUGCACCUUUCUUUCAUACUACAUCUGUUUUUGUUUUAUUUUAGGGGAUUUAUGAUCGGUCUACAUCCAGUGCUAAUUCACAUUAACAAUAAUAAGGGCCUUAUUAAUAUUUUUGCAAGAUUUGGCUUUUUAGUCCUGUUCACUUUUGUGAAGUGUCAUAUUUUUGGACUUUGGAGAGAGGGGGGAAAUCUCUCACCGUGCAUUACUGUGUGAUUUCUGCUGGCUUACGACCACAUCAGCUGAAUUGGCCUUGUCUGCCCGGAGAUCAUUUUGGCACUUCUGCAGUUUUAAUAAGAGCAGCUGGCGGGGGGAGCAGAUUUCACAGAAGGAAACUCAGGAAUGUUUCUGCCAGCAAAGUUGAAGUGCAGCUUGAUCAGCUCCUCGUAGCACAGCCACAUGUUCUGCUAAAGAUUCUCACACUGAGCUGAAACUGAGAUGUCAAGCUUCCCUGUAAAUGUUUAGAAUUCAUUUUGAUUUUACAUUUGUUUUACAUUUUUAUUUGGCUGUGAGAUUAUGCAUUAGGAUAAUUACAUAGUUUUUGCUUAAGAUGGUAGGUUUGACAAUUCUGUGCAAUACAUCAAAGAACGUUGACAAAAUGGCAUGAAUGUCAUAUUUCAGUGCUGAAACCAAACUAAUCACAAUUGCUCUCACGCAUCAAAAAUAAUACAAACCAGAGUCUGUGUUUAAAGUUUUACUUACAUUAUAGAUGAGUAAGCUAGAUGAGAUAAAUAGGCUGUUAUUUUUUUAUGUGCUAUUCUUUGAUAAAACUUAUCAGAUGCCAUGACACUAGCCCCACCUCAGUUGAGGGUACAUGUGACUUAUGAGUGACUUUAUUUUAUAACUUAUCGUUGCUGGUAACUAGAAAUGAUCUGUAAACAAAGUUUUCAUGCUAUAGGUUCUCUUGCGCAGUCCAUUACAAACAUUAUUUUCAUAAAGAUAAGUUGAACUCUGAAGGGAUGUGGUUGGUUGAAAAACUUGUGUGUCUCAGAAGCUGACAAUCAAACAACAUGGACACUAAAAGUGAUGAAUGUGAUAAUAUUUUUUAUUUUUACAUGAAUUAUUUCGAUGCUGCUCCUCAGACAAAGUCUGGUUGAGGAAUAAUAAGGGCUCCUAUAUGAAAUAUUCAUCUUUAUGUCCCUGUAUUUGUAAUGCUGGCACAACUUUUUGUUUUUGUUUUUUCAUUUAAAUUUUUGAACUAAUGUUUUUCUUUUUCUUUCUUAAAAGCCAGAUUUAGGGUUUGCUCUACACAUUUCAUGCUGUCAGCCCUCUUUAAAGCUUGGUUACUUCCAUGCAAAAUGUUGGAUGAAAGUACCCCAUUCCUGUCUGAAUUUAGCAAUAAUGUUUGAAAGUCAACAGCAAAAAAAAUAUGAUACAAGUCCGACCAAUAAGAUCUGUUGCCAUGUGUUGGGAAUAGCUGUUUACUUCCGAUGUGAAAGAUCAGCUAGUAACCAUUUAUAUUUCUUUCAAAAGUGAACAAAAACUGCAUUUUGAGUUGUUAGUCCAUGUUCCACUGUAAGGUUGAGUAUUAAUAUUCCCAGGUUUGUGUUUCAGUGUUCAACCUGCCGGUUACCUCCCGCUGCCUCUGACUGACAUGUCUGCGCUGCCAAUGAUUUGGAAGAGACACACAAACUUCUGUGAUCAGAACAGCUUGUUCAGAUUUGUAGCACCUUCUUUGGAGCGUCCCUAAAACCUACUGAUCGCUUAUUGAUGUUUAGCGAUCAACCUUUCACUCCUGUCACAUGAACAUUUUCUGAAUCCAACUCUGACACAUUUUCCUUUUUUUUUUUUUUUUUUUUACUUGAAUUAAAAGUUUACGUAGAGAGAGAGGAGUACAUUUUAUGGCUGAAAGAUUUAUAAAAUCUACUCGCAACAAUUUUUUGUUUCAAAGCUAUAGUGCGUAGUUUCUGUCGGUGCAUCCACAUGAUACAAGCCUUCCUUCAUCGUGCACAUGGACUUAGCUUUGUAGCAACCCAUUUGGCAAUGGCUUGAAUGUAACGGCUGUUCAUUAAAAUAAAAAACUUACGCACUAAAGCUUUAAAGCCAUGGAAAUUAGUUUUUCUCUACAUAUGCAAGGCUUUCACCUGACAGCAGUAACAUUUUUUAGGAAGUGUCCCUACCCUCCAAACAAAGUGUGAUUCGAUGAAGCUGUUCUGCUCAGAAGUGGAAAAGAAGUGGACUUUAUACCAUGAUUAAUGCAAAAGUCACAUAAAUGAAACUCAAUCAGCCACCGCGGACACACUUCAUAUUUUAGUCUCUCACCUGGGAUUUUGAAAAUGUAAGAUUGUGGGAAAAUGAACAGUUUUACAGUAAAGACUUUGGUUACUCCUAGGUGGGUUCUACUUAACUUAGAUAUAGUUAUGAAACAACUGAUUCCUACGGGAAGUGUAUUUCAUAGACACCCACACAAGACCUGAAUCUGGGAUGUAACUGCACACACAACUGGACUGUUAAAAGUAGUAAAGUGUUAUAACAUUAACGCAAAGGGUCAAGCUAAGGGUCUCGUUUGAUGCUAUGAAAUGCAAUACUUCCCAUCUGCAUCAAGUGCAUUACAUAUAUACUGUAUUUUGUAAUACAGAGAAUUUUACAGUGUAUUAAUAUAGAUAUUUAUCACUGUACAAUGCUUGUUCAAUGUUAUUUAUGAAAAAAAAUAAAACCUGUCAAACUUUGUUA